AGAAUGGAUACCAGUGGGGUGAAAGUGCUGGAGUCUGCCGAUGACAUCCAGGAGCGCCGUCAGCAGGUGUUGGACCGCUACCGGCGCUUCAAGGAGCUGUCGGGCGUGCGCCGGCAGAAGCUGGAGGACUCCUACCGCUUCCAGUUCUUCCGCCGCGAUGCCGACGAGCUGGAGAAGUGGAUCCAGGAGAAGCUGCAGAUCGCCUCUGACGAGAACUACAAGGACCCCACCAACCUCCAGGUCAGUGCAGAUGGACAGGAGAUGAGGAUAGGAAGCCACUUGAGGCUAAUAAGAUAAAUCAUGACUUUGACUUGGGUGGAGCUGUAAGCUGGGCAUAGAAAAAAAGUGAGGACUGAAGUAAAGAUCCUGAUUUGAUUGUAACCUUUAUGAUGCACGAGCCACUUCUUGUGAAUUUACUGGCUUUAAGGCUUGCCAGUGGCCAUUCAAAACGAAACAGCAUGGCCAUAAAACCACACACACAGAAUGAUCAGUACAUCAUUAAACCCUCUAUGCUGUGACCCUUGGCCAGGUAUGUCUGUCCUGUCCACUGUGUUCUUUGUGCCAUGCUAACAAGCCUCCUCUCCCCCCCCACAGGGCAAGCUCCAGAAACACCAGGCCUUCGAGGCGGAGGUGCAGGCCAACGCUGGGGCCAUCAUCAAGCUUGACGAGACUGGCAACCUCAUGAUCUCCGAGGGCCACUUUGCCUCCGAAACCAUCCGGGUAAGACACACGCACACACUCCGCUGAGCUAUAUGCCUAACCAAGAUAGAACUACACAAUCUACCCUUUUUAACCCGAUCAUGUCUGGUUCAGUCCUUCACGCCCUACCGGACUUUCCAGAGACCCAUUGUCUCAAGUUUCAAUAUGGCUGAGUAUAUAAAAGUAGGUGCUUGAGUGCUGUCGACCUCCUGGCUCUUCUGUUUCUCUCACUUUUAGGUUCCACUCCACUUCUGUCAGAUCCAUUGUUCUGUAUUGUUUGCUGUGUGGUUAUGCAAUAUUUAAGAAGACUUUAUGAAAAGUGCAUGAUGUGUGUGACUAAAAGGAACAUUUUACAGAAGAAGAUAUUUCUAAAAUGUUCCAUUGAUAAGCACUUAUCUUGGUCUCAAACUACAGCCUCAGCAAGUACUGGGCCCAUAUUCAUAAAGCGUUUCAGAUUAGGAGUGCUAAUUUAGGAUCAGUUUUAACUUUUGGAUCAUAAUGAACAAGAUCACACGGACGGGGCGGCCUGAUCCUAGGUCAGCAUUCCUACUGUGAGAUGCUUUAUGAAUACAGGCCCUGAUUUCCCUUUUGAUCAUAAUGAAUAAGGUUAUAUUGACAGAGGGGACCUGAUCCUAGAUCAGCACUUCCCUUCCCCGGUGCAAAUUGUCUCCCUUUCUGCCUACAGACUCGUCUGGAGGAGCUGCACCGUCUUUGGGACCUGCUGCUGCAGAAGACCAAGGAGAAAGGUGUUCGUCUACUGCAGGCCCAGAAGCUGGUGCAGUACCUGCGCGAGUGUGAGGAUGCCCUGGACUGGAUUAGUGACAAGGUCAGUGUCUCAACCUGUAGUCACACACACACACACACACACACACACACACACACACAUAACUACUGGAGGCCAUGGCCUAAACCAUGUCUACGAGACCCUAAUGAGCAACAUGACCUUAACCUAAAUCAUGUCCAACAGGAGACCAUUUCCAUAGGACCCUAAAGACAACCUAUGCUAAACAUUAGCCUCCCUAAACCAUGUCUACAGGACCCUACUAGAUAACCUAUCCUAACCCUAAUCCUAAACCGUGUCUAACAGGAGGCCAUGGCCACCUCGGAGGAGCUGGGCCAGGACUUGGAGCAUGUGGAGGUGCUCCAGAAGAAGUUUGAGGAGUUCCAGACGGACCUGGCGGCUCACGAGGAGCGCGUGAACGAAGUGAACCAGCUGGCAGGCAAGCUGAGCCAGGAGUCUCACCCCGAGGCGGAGCUCAUCGUCCGCAAGCAGGAGGAGGUGAACGCCGCGUGGCAGAGGCUCAAGGGCCUGGCGCAGCAGAGGCAGGGCAGGCUGUUUGGAGCCGCCGAGGUGCAGCGCUUCAACAGGUAUGUCCAGGACGGACUGUGUGUAUGUUUGGGUGUGAGUUUUUUUGGAGUGUGGGUGUCUGUGUGAUAGAGAAGCCACAAGAGAACUGAGAGGAUCAAGAAAUGUUGAUUUAGUGUUCUGACUGAGUGUGUUAUGUGGCCUCCAGGGAUGUGGACGAGACCAUCAGCUGGAUCAAGGAGAAGGAGCAGCUCAUGGCGUCCGAUGACUUUGGCCGGGACCUGGCCAGCGUUCAGGCCCUGCUGCGCAAGCACGAGGGCCUGGAGAGAGACCUGGCUGCCCUGGAGGACAAGGUCAACACUCUGGGGGGAGAGGCUGAACGUCUGCAGCAGACCCACCCCCAGAACGCUUCCCAGAUCCACCUGAAGAGGGACGAGCUCAUCACCAACUGGGAGCAGAUCCGCACACUGGCCGCCGAGCGCCACGCCCACCUCAACGACUCCUACAGGUGGGUACCGGUACCACUCUGGCCGCCCUAACAGCGAACACGCUGUAGCUUUACUGUGUCAACACCGUAACGUUACUAUGUCACCACCGUAACGUUAUCGUAACACCACUGCGCUCAACACACAGCGACCACCCAACAAUAGCAUGAUCAAACAACUCAUAUAUCAGUUUAGUUGAAAGUAUGUAGAACCCUCUCUGACUGUCUGUGUGUUUGGCCCCCUGCAGGCUGCAGCGCUACACUGCAGACUUCCGUGACCUGACCAGCUGGGUGACGGAGAUGAAGGCCCUGAUCAACGCUGACGAGCUGGCCAACGACGUAGCCGGAGCCGAGGCUCUCCUCGACCGCCACCAGGAGCACAAGGUAUAGGAACACACUGAAAUUAAUCAACUUUAUUUUAGCAGUUGAAAAGUACUUCUCAGAACUACAAUCAGUGAUGCUCAUUUUCCCUGCAAUGUUGCUGAUGUUUACUGUGUGUGUGUGGUCCUUAGGGUGAGAUUGAUGCCCAUGAGGACAGCUUCAAAGCCACGGACGAAGCCGGUCAGGCCCUGCUCAACACCGGACACUACGCCGCAGAGGAGGUCAAGGAGAAGGUAGGACUGGCAUUCUGUUUCUGUCUCCCUCUCUCUCCCACUGUUUCUGUCCUUGGUUUUGGAUUCAUACUUUUAACAUGGAUUUCCAGACAGAUUCAUUGAUCCCCCUUUUCCCUUGUUUAUUUUUAUGUGUAGCUUGGUGUCCUGACUGAGGAGAAGGACUCUCUGCUGGAGCUGUGGGAGGUGCGCAGGCAGCAGUACGAGCAGUGCAUGGACCUGCAACUCUUCUACAGGGACACAGAGCAGGUCGACAACUGGAUGAGCAAGCAAGAGGUAUCUCCAUCCACACACAAUAAUAAACAAUGUACUCACCCAAAAAGUAUUAUUCUCCAGAAAUGGUGUGGUGCGUGAUCCUAAUAUACAAGUCUGUUUUUUUGUGUGCGUCCAGGCUUUCCUUCUGAACGAGGAUCUUGGUGACUCUCUGGACAGCGUGGAGGCCUUGCUGAAGAAACACGAGGACUUUGAGAAGUCCCUCAGCGCCCAGGAGGAGAAAAUCACUGUGAGUACUUGUCCUAGUCAUAACCAUAGAGCUAGGAUCAGCUUUCUCUCCUCAAAUCUUAAACUUAACCACUGACCUCUUUCUCUUUAGGCCCUGGAUGAAUUUGCCACCAAACUGAUCCAGAACAACCACUAUGCCAAGGAGGAUGUUGCCACUCGUAGAGAUGCGGUAAGUACAGAGGGGAAACAUUCUGCACACUACACAUUAAUACGAUAAGGACCGGAAUGUGUCCUAUCUUUGGAGCACUUUGAACUCUCUAUAUCUGUUUAUAUCAUAUUCUGGGUGUUGUGUAUAAAAUGUCAUCCCCAUCUGUGUUGCCCCCUGUAGCUGCUGAGCCGCCGCAACGCCCUGCACGAGCGUGCCCAGUCCCGCCGCGCCGCUCUGGAGGACUCCUUCCACCUGCAGCAGUUCUUCCGCGACUCGGACGAACUCAAGAGCUGGAUCAAUGAGAAGAUGAAGACGGCCACCGACGAAGCCUACAAGGUACGGUUGGGAACCAAUGUUUCUUAGUUAGGUACUUUAGCUAGCUACUUUAUAGUGGUAUACUUUUAGCUAGUUAGCUAGCUACUUUAUAAUGGGUUUUCAAUGCUCAACAUGGCUUUCUCCUAGACUGCUACGAGAUCCCAUUAGGAUACAAUACCACCGUGAACCACACAGAUUCUUAUUCACAGUCCUCUCUGGCCUAAUAGCAACCAUCUCUCUGCUUUCUCUGUUGUCCCCAGGACCCGUCCAACCUGCAGGGCAAGGUCCAGAAGCACCAAGCCUUCGAGGCGGAGCUGUCAGCCAACCAGAGCCGCAUCGACGCUCUGCAGAAGUCUGGCCAGGAGCUCCUGGACGGGAAGCACUACGCCGCCGACGAGGUGUCUGUACGCAUGGACGAGGUUAGCUCCCAGUGGAAGAAGCUGCUGGAGGCCACCGAGCUCAAAGGUGAGAAAACGAGAGUGGAGGAGAGGUGAAGUUCGGAUGAAGUGUGUGGCUAUUAUUAUAGCGAUCGCCAUUUUGUGUUUCCCUCAAGUGGAGGUAGUAGAAAAUGGCGGCAAUGCUGGUGAAUAGAUGCGGUAAAGAGGUCAAUGGAAUGCAGACCGUGGGGGAUAGAAGGACGGCGGAUUGGCGCACAUUCAACAAGUCUGAUCUAACAAUCCGUCGUGAUUGAUGCAUUGUAACGCCCACAAUGUGGUUGCUAAAAUCUGAUUAGGAUAUAUUUGGCUGUUUCGCUGCAUAACAUUUUAGAAGUAGUCCCUUUUCAGGUUUAGAAGAAGUGUCUUCUAAAUGCUAACUCCCGUUCGUAUAAGCUGGUAGCAUAGGUAGCUAAGCGGUUAAGAGCGUUCGGCCAGUAACCGAAAGUUUACUGGUUCGAAUCCCCGAGCUAGCAAGGUGGAAUAAUCUGCCAUUCUGCCCUUGAGCAAGGCAGUUAACCUCCAACAACAACUGCUCCCCAGGCGCCGAUGACGUGGAUGUCGAUUAAGGCAGCCCCCCGCACCUCUCUGAUUCAGAGGGGUUGGGUUAAAUGCGGAAGACCCAUUUUGAUUGAAUGCAUUCAGUUGUGCAACUGACUUUCUCAUAGCUAGCAUAGAGACAUCGGUGGUGGUAGUCAGUCGCUUUUAACUAAUGCAGUUGAUUGGUGACGAUGACGUGAACAUGUAUUGGGGUUGACAUCCAUACAAGCAUUAUACUCUGAUUGUUACCUCAACAUAGUGUGAAAUACACAUAUUAACAAUAGGCUAUAUGUAGGCUAAUUUUGCUGGGGGGCAAUGAGGCGAUUCGGGAUCUUUCCCCCACACGUUUCCAUGGCAUUUACAGUCUUUUGGACGAGUUCCAUUGACCUCUUUACCGCAUCUAUUGGAGAGUAACGUUUCAAAGUGAAGGUGCUUUUGUUAUCUUGUAAUGUGACUAGCUGUUAGAUACUGGACAAGGUCAUUUUGGAGCCCCAAGAUUUUAAACAAAACCUUUGAACCUAGAAAUACCCUUCCUCCUUUUUUUAAUUCUCACAUCCAACUUCAUUUCAACCACUCCUAAACCUCUCCUCACCACGCUCUCCUCUCCCCCAGGCAUCAAGCUGCGCGAGGCCAACCAGCAGCAGCAGUUCAACAGAAACGUGGAGGACAUUGAGCUGUGGUUGUAUGAGGUGGAGGGCCACCUGGCUUCAGAUGACUACGGCAAGGACCUGACCAGUGUCCAGAACCUGCAGAAGAAGCACGCCCUGCUGGAGGCUGACGUGGCUGCCCACCAGGUAAAGGGCUUGUUUGACAUUGCAGCCGACAGUGCAGGCAACUGCUGACUGAUCUACAAAUCACCUUGCAUCAUAUAUAACUACUCAUUAUAAUUUGUAGGUCAGUAAGUCCCAAUUUACCCACAAUGAACCACGGUUUUGAUCCACUCGAACGCGCCAAGUGACUUCCAUAUCACCACUAGAUAACUGACUGACAGCCACCAGGUAACUGGAGAACAACAUCACCAGUAGCCUCCAGGUCAAUGUUUGGGUGUUACUCAAGUUAACUACUUACAGACACUGUUUCAUUUACCUCUGGGACCAGCUAGACUGUGUUUCUCCUUCUCAUAAGAAUCCCAUCCAUGCCUGGUGGUUUCUAGCGACAGUUGUUCUGUGCUGAUCUGUGGGUUUUUGAUUGACCGGCACAAAUAAACUCAGAUUUUAUGCAUGGGAGCUGCAAAUCCAAGUAGCCUCUAUAGCCUGGUUGCAGUGACAUCAUUAUGGUCUAUAACAUUCAGCCAUUCAAAUAUUUGUGUUGACUUAUGCGGUCUGGCUGCGCAUAAGGUAAGACUGGCUGACUGACUUAAGGCGUCGGCAUGCUUCGGUUCGGCUGGCACCUAGCCGAACUCGGCUAGGCGAACCAAACUAGUGUGCUCGCUUACUCCCUUAAAAGACCUUCCCUUUAAAAACGAGAAAAAAGCGGCAAUAAUGUUUCUCCGUCUUGAGACGCUGUAGCGUCUGUCUAUAAUUUGGAUGUUUUUGGAGAGGAGAUCUUUGUCGUGCAAUAUUACAUCUAACUAUGAUGUUUGGUGUAGUAUUUCUCAAGUGAAAACAUUUGCAUGAAAACGAUUAGUCUAUCGUUGAAUGACAACACACUUCAUUGAAGAAUACCUACUGUUGACCAAUCACCUACGAAGGGGUGUAGACUUUGGCUACCGACUUCGACUUCCCUCAAGAAAAAAAAUUUGUGUGCACGAACAGCCGAGAAAACCCUUGCCGAAGACCAAAACGAAGAAAAACGUCACAAUGUCGUCAUCAUAAUAUAUGCAUGAACUGUUCCAAACCUGUUUUGGAUGGGAAGCAUGCGGAUGCCUUUACUGCCACCAGGUAGUUAGUUGGCUGGCUGACUGACUCUCCCUCUCUCUCUCUCUCUCUCUCUCUCCAGGACCGCAUCGACGGCAUCACCAUCCAGGCGCGUCAGUUCCAGGAGGCAGGCCACUUUGACGGCGACAACAUCAAGCGCAAGCAGGAGGCGCUGGUGGCGCGCUACGAUGCCCUCCGCGACCCUAUGGCCGCCCGCAAGCAGAAGCUGUCGGACUCCCUGCGGCUGCAGCAGCUCUUCAGGGACGUGGAGGACGAGGAGACCUGGAUCCGGGAGAAGGAGCCCAUCGCCGCCUCCACCAACCGGGGAAAAGACCUGAUCGGCGUCCAGAACUUGCUGAAGAAGCACCAGGCCCUGCAGGCGGAGAUCGCCGGCCACGAGCCCCGCAUCAAGGCCGUCACCCAGAAAGGAGAGGCUAUGGUAGAGGAAGGUGAGCUGUUUCUUACGAACAUGCAUAGGCCCUUCUGUCUCCUUUUUUUUUCAACUGUUCACCUCUUGACUAUCUAGCAGGUUUGGGUCAAUUCCAUUUCAAUCAGUUAAUUAUAGUUUACUUCCUGAAUUGAAUUGAAUUGAAAUGGAAUUGUCCCAACCCUUUCACCAUGAGGCCAAUGGUGACUUUAAAAUAGUUAGAGUUUAAUGGCUGUGAUAGGAGAAAACUGAGGAUGGAUCAACAACAUUGUAGUUACUCCACAAUACUAACCUAAUUGACAGAGUGAAAAGGAAGCCUGUCCAAAACAUUCAUCAUAUUUGCAACAAGGCACUAAAGUAAUACAGCAAAACAUUUGUUAGGUUUGGGGGCAAAUUCAAUACAACACAUUACUGAGUACCACUGUCCAUAUUUUUAAGCAUAGUGGUGGCUGCAUAAUGUUAUGGGUAUGCUUGUAAUUGUUAAGGACUGAGGAGUUUUUCAGGAUAAAAAAGAAACUGAACGGAGCUAAGCAUUGGAAAAAUCCUAGAGGAGAACCUGGUUCAGUCUGCAACACCUGGAUAUCAGCGGAGCCUUUUCUGGCAGCGAAACCAUUCAUUCAGCCUAAUUUACUGCCUUUAAAAAACAAACAGAGCUUAUGGCUGACUUGCUUAAACAAAUGUGGUUUCUACUGACAAUUUACAUUUUUACAUUUUUAGUCAUUUAGCAGAUGCUCUUAUCCAGAGCAACUUACAGUUAGUGAAUACAUAUUUUUUUAUACUGGCCCCCCGUGGGAAACAAACCCACAACCCUGGCGUUGCAAACGCCAUGCUCUAUCAACUGAGCUACAUCCCUGCCGGCCAUUCCCUCCCCUACCCUGGACGACGCUGGGCCAAUUGUGGGCCGCCCAUGAGUCUCCCGGUCGCGGCCGGCUGCGACAGAGCCUGGAUUCGAACCAGGAUCUCUAGUGGCACAGUUAGCACUGCGAUGCAGUGCCUUAGACCACUGCGCCACUCAGGAGUACAAACUAUGGCAUAAGGAGACGACGAGCUGAUAAGAGGCAGUCCCUAAUUUCGAUUAAGACAUUAAUGAGCGCGAUAGGACGGACGUAGUUAAUAUAACUACACUGCUCAAAAAAAUAAAGGCAACACUAAAAUAACACAUCCUAGAUCUGAAUGAAUGAAAUAAUCUUAUUAAAUACUUUUUUCUUUACAUAGUUGAAUGUGCUGACAACAAAAUCACACAAAAAGUAUCAAUGGAAAUCAAAUGUAUCAACCCAUGGAGGUCUGGAUUUGGAGUCACCCUCAAAAUUAAAGUGGAAAACCACACUACAGGCUGAUCCAACUUUGAUGUAAUGUCCUUAAAACAAGUCAAAAUGAGGCUCAGUAGUGUGUGUGGCCUCCACGUGCCUGUAUGACCUCCCUACAACGCCUGGGCAUGCUCCUGAUGAGGUGGCGGAUGGUCUCCUGAGGGAUCUCCUCCCAGACCUGUACUAAAGCAUCCGCCAACUCCUGGACAGUCUGUGGUGCAACGUGGCGUUGGUGGAUGGAGCGAGACAUGAUGUCCCAGAUGUGCUCAAUUGGAUUCAGGUCUGGGGAACGGGCGGGCCAGUCCAUAGCAUCAAUGCCUUCCUCUUGCAGGAACUGCUGACACACUCCAGCCACAUGAGGUCUAGCAUUGUCUUGCAUUAGGAGGAACCCAGGGCCAACUGCACCAGCAUAUGGUCUCACAAGGGGUCUGAGGAUCUCAUCUCGGUACCUAAUGGCAGUCAGGCUACCUCUGGCGAGCACAUGGAGGGCUGUGCGGCCCCCCAAAGAAAUGCCACCCCACACCAUGACUGACCCACCGCCAAACCUGUCAUGCUGGAGGAUGUUGCAGGCAGCAGAACGUUCUCCACGGCGUCUCCAGACUCUGUAACGUCUGUCACAUGUGCUCAGUGUGAACCUGCUUUCAUCUGUGAAGAGCACAGGGCGCCAGUGGCGAAUUUGCCAAUCUUGGUGUUCUCUGGCAAAUGCCAAACGUCCUGCACGGUGUUGGGCUGUAAGCACAACCCCCACCUGUGGACGUCGGGCCCUCCUACCACCCUCAUGGAGUCUGUUUCUGACCGUUUGAGCAGACACAUGCACAUUUGUGGCCUGCUGGAGGUCAUUUUGCAGGGCUCUGGCAGUGCUCCUCCUGCUCCUCCUUGCACAAAGGCGGAGGUAGCAGUCCUGCUGCUGGGUUGUUGCCCUCCUACGGCCUCCUCCACGUCUCCUGAUGUACUGGCCUGUCUCCUGGUAGCGCCUCCAUGCUCUGGACACUACGCUGACAGACACAGCAAACCUUCUUGCCACAGCUCGCAUUGAUGUGCCAUCCUGGAUGAGCUGCACUACCUGAGCCACUUGUGUGGGUUGUAGACUCCGUCUCAUGCUACCACUAGAGUGAAAGCACCGCCAGCAUUCAAAAGUGACCAAAACAUCAGCCAGGAAGCAUAGGAACUGAGAAGUGGUCUGUGUCACCACCUGCAAAACCAGUCCUUCAUUGGGGGGUGUCUUGCUAAUUGCCUAUAAUUUCCACCUGUUGUCUAUUCCAUUUGCACAACAGCAUGUGAAAUGUAUUGUCAAUCAGUGUUGCUUCCUAAGUGGACAGUUUGAUUUCACAGAAGUGUGAUUGACUUGGAGUUACAUUGUGUUGUUUAAGUGUUCCCUUUAUUUUUUUGAGCAGUGUAUUUGUUUAGCACUUUUGAAAUGUACUGCGACAGAAUUAAGAACAUGGGCCGUUCUUACAGUAUUCUCCCUGUACACCAAGUCAGAACCGUAGGAUAAAUAAAGGGGGCAUAUAAGCAAACAAUGAAAGCUCUUACAAUAUUUGAUGAUUACAUUUCUCUAAAACAGGCUAUAGGAUACAUGUGCACCACCAAGUCAAAACAGUAGGCUAAGUUAUGAGGGGGAAAGGGACCAAAUUAUUAGGGUGAGACACAUGGGCUACUAACAGCUUACUACACAACAUACACUUAGUAUUACUUUCUUAGCUACAGUAUACAUAUCGCCCAGGUAUACUACAUAAUUUAUGCAUCAGUAUACAAUACAUUUUUGGACUCACCUUGAACAAGAAGGUGGCGCGGCGGUCCUUCGUGGGGAAGAAGUUGUCAUCAAACUUUGUCAUCAAAGUCUGGCAUUCUCUGGAUUUAUGGUUCUUUCAAGACAACUGGGAACAAGGUUGAAUCAUAACGUCAGUGAUCUUCAGGUCGGAGCUCUAGAAAGAGGUCCGAAUUCCCAACUUGGAAUUCUGAGUUGGAUGACCAUUCAAAACUUAUUUUCCCAGUCGGAGCAAUUUUUUUUUUGAGUUCCCAGUUGUCAUGAACUCACUGAAGUCUGAGAUUUCCGAGUUUCCAGUUGUUUUGAAAAAGGCAGAAGUCAUGCUGGAUUGACAGCAUGGCCAAUUUAUUCAGCCUUUUCUGGCCCAUGGUGUUGCAUGUGAAUGUUUAUCCUUUUUAAGCUUGGAAAAGAGACCCUUAAACCCAGACUUGGACCACACACCCACUCCACUGAAUAGCAGGCUAGUGAUUGCUUUGCAACGUUUGCAGUUAGCCACUGAUUCCUUCCAAACCACUCAUUGUUGAAUUUGCGAUUUCCAACUUGUUGUGUAAUGUUUAUGUCCAAUGGCCGAUGAGCACCGAUACGUUUUGUCUAUAAUUUCUCUUCAUAUGACAAGGAUUGAAAAGGAUUUGCCAGUAGAUUGUCGACUUGAUUCAUGAUGAUGACUGCUUGCUAGCUAAGAUUUUGAAAGUAUGAUGUUGACAUGCUAGCCAAUCAAAGCUACGGUAGAUUUGACGUCAUUUGAUCUGUGUCCAAUGACCUUGAGCCUUCUUGGAUGGGCACUUCUAAUGUAAAUCUAUGGCAGCACCCAAGGGGCUUGAAUUUUUGAGCUCUCCCCGUAGAUUUUGCGGUGACUUAGUGUCCCCAUGAGUGACAGAACACUGAGCCAAUCACGGCGCAACUAGAGAACGUUACCAACCCCUACUCCGUAUUUUCCACUGGCUGCCCAACCACCACAGAAAGCACUGAGCUAGGCAUUUUGGAGCUGCCUUACUCAAGAAAGCAAAAAAGAGACCAUGUUUGUAUGCAGCUUUAUUAACUUAAUGAUGUUUGCAAACUGAUAUGUGACACGUAUUAAUGCCAAAAUAACAUGCAAAACAGGCAGCAAAAUUUUUUUAUUAUAAUAUUUUGCUAAAUAGGUGGGGCUCAAAACAGGUGGGUCGCCACUGAUGGCAAGACCUGAAUAUGCUUGUCUAACAAUGAUCAACAACCAAUUUGACAGAGCUUGAAGAAUUUUGAAAAGAUUAAUGGGUAAAUGUUGUACAAUCCAGGUGUGGAAAGCUCUUAGAGACUUACCCAGAAAGACUCACAGCUGUAAUCGCUGCCAAAGGUGAUUCUAACAUGUAUUGACUCAGGGCUGUGAAUACUCAUCUAAUAAAAAUGUUUUAUUUUUCAUAAAUGUUUUACAAAUGUUCGAAUUUUUCUUGCACUUUGAUACAGUGGGAAGAACAAGUAUUUGAUACACUGCCGAUUUUGCAGGUUUUCCUACUUACAAAGCAUGUAGAGGUCUGUAAUUUUUAUCAUAGGUACACUUCAACUGUGAGAGACGGAAUCUAAAACAAAAAUCCAGAAAAUCACAUUGUAUGAUUUUUAAGUAAUUCAUUUGCAUUUUAUUGCAUGACAUAAGUAUUUGAUAAAUCAGAAAAGCAGAACUUAAUAUUUGGUACAGAAACCUUUGUUUGCAAUUACAGAGAUCAUACGUUUCCUGUAGGUCUUGACCAGGUUUGCACACACUGCAGCAGGGAUUUUGGCCCACUCCUCCAUACAGACCUUCUCCAGAUCCUUCAGGUUUCGGGGCUGUCGCUGGGCAAUACGGACUUUCAGCUCCCUCCAAAGAUUUUCUAUUGGGUUCAGGUCUGGAGACUGGCUAGGCCACUCCAGGACCUUGAGAUGCUUCUUACGGAGCCACUCCUUAGUUGCCCUGGCUGUGUGUUUCGGGUCGUUGUCAUGCUGGAAGACCCAGCCACGACCCAUCUUCAAUGCUCUUACUGGGGAAGGAGGUUGUUGGCCAAGAUCUCGCGAUACAUGGCCCCAUCCAUCCUCCCCUCAAUACGGUGCAGUUGUCCUGUCCCCUUUGCAGAAAAGCAUCCCCAAAGAAUGAUGUUUCACCUCCAUGCUUCACGGUUGGGAUGGUGUUCUUGGGGUUGUACUCAUCCUUCUUCUUCCUCCAAACACAUCGAGUGGAGUUUAGACCAAAAAGCUAUAUUUUUGUCUCAUCAGACCACAUGACCUUCUCCCAUUCCUCCUCUGGAUCAUCCAGAUGGUCAUUGGCAAACUUCAGACGGGCCUGGACAUGCGCUGGCUUGAGCAGGGGGACCUUGCGUGCGCUGCAGGAUUUUAAUCCAUGACGGCGUAGUGUGUUACUAAUGGUUUUCUUUGAGACUGUGGUCCCAGCUCUCUUCAGGUCAUUGACCAGGUCCUGCCGUGUAGUUCUGGGCUGAUCCGUCACCUUCCUCAUGAUCAUUGAUGCCCCACGAGGUGAGAUCUUGCAUGGAGCCCCAGACCGAGGGUGAUUGACCAUCAUCUUGAACUUCUUCCAUUUUCUAAUAAUUGCGCCAACAGUUGUUGCCUUCUCACCAAGCUGCUUGCCUAUUGUCCUGUAGCCCAUCCCAGCCUUGUGCAGGUCUACAAUUUUAUCCCUGAUGUCCUUACACAGCUCUCUGGUCUUGGCCAUUGUGGAGAGGUUGGAGUCUGUUUGAUUGAGUGUGUGAACAGGUGUCUUUUAUACAGGUAACGAGUUCAAACUGGUGCAGUUAAUACAGGUAAUGGGUGCAGAACUGGAGGGCUUCUUAAAGAAAAACUAACAGGUCUGUGAGAGCCGGAAUUCUUACUGGUUGGUAGGUGAUCAAAUACUUAUGUCAUGCAAUAAAAUGCAAAUUAAUUACUUAAAAAUCAUACAAUGUGAUUUUCUGGAUUUUUGUUUUAGAUUCCGUCUCUCACAGUUGAAGUGUACCUGUGAUAAAAUUACAGACCUCUACAUGCUUUGUAAGUAGGAAAACCUGCAAAAUAGGCAGUGUAUCAAAUACUUGUUCUCCCCACUGUAUGAGAGUAUUUUGUGUAGAUCACUGACCAAAAAUUACCAAUCCAUGUGACGCAACAAAAUGUGGAAAAAGUUUAGGGGUGUGAAUGCUUUCUGAAGGCACUGUAAAUAAACAACCCCCCUCUCCCUGUGGUCCCCACCAGGACACUUUGCUGGGGAGGAGGUUAAGGUGAAGCUGGGGGAGCUGAACGGCCGCUGGGACACCCUGAAAGGCAAGGCCGGGCAGCGCAGGCAGGACCUGGAGGACUCACUGCAGGCACAGCAGUACUUUGCCGACGCCAACGAGGCAGAGUCCUGGAUGAGGGAGAAGGAGCCCAUUGUGGCCAGCCCCGACUACGGCAAGGAUGAGGAUUCAGCUGAGGCCCUGCUGAAGAAGCACGAAGCCCUGAUGUCUGACCUGAGUGCUUAUGGCAGCAGCAUCCAGGCUUUGAAGGAGCAGGCCCAGUCCUGCAGGGUGAGUCUGGAACCCACAUUACAUCUUUAGUCUUAUCGUGAAAUGAAUGUACACCAUUUUACAACUUAUAAAUGCCUAAACUAGCUAGCUAACAUUCUAUGAACAAUUAAACUAUAUUUCCCGUCUUUGCAAACAUCUGAGAACCAGAUGUCCAACAAAUCAAUCAUUUCUUUACUACUCCAGGUCUAUUAUAGACUCAAACUGAUAUUUUCAUGUUGCCAUUGUCUAGAUUGCACCUCUUAAUACUUUUUUCCUUUCCACCUGCAGCAACAAGUUGCGCCCACCGAUGAUGAGACUGGCAAGGAGCUGGUGCUGGCCCUCUAUGACUACCAGGAGAAGAGCCCCCGUGAGGUCACCAUGAAGAAGGGAGACAUCCUCACCCUGCUCAACAGCACCAACAAGGUACACACACACACACACACACACACACACACAGGAUAAUAAAAUAAAGUGACCAUCUUAGCGAGAUGAACAAAAGCCUUGCUCCAAGCAGGGCCUGGUCCACAAACAACUGCUGCUAGCCCGUACCCAUGACUAGGCACUUGAUGUAGAACGGAAAUAAUUUGAUAGGUAUAAGCCAAGAUAGUAUGAACUGAAUGGGAUGCAUAUUCAGCCUUCAUCUGACCUUCUCUCGCCUGCUGAAGGACUGGUGGAAGGUGGAGGUGAACGACCGCCAGGGCUUUGUGCCAGCGGCCUACGUCAAGAAGCUAGACCCCACCCAGUCCUCCUCCAGGGAGAACCUGCUGGACGAGCAGGGCAGCAUCGGCCUCCGCCAGGACCAGAUCGAGAACCAGUAAGGGCCUCCUCCUACCUAACCCACUUCCAAAUUGCCACCCCCAUCCCUUUCCCACUGUAAUUUCUGACUUCUGCUCUUACAUGCCCCAGUACUCAUCUUCAGUACACUCCUGUAGUUCUUUACCACCUUUUUACCUAUUUAACUUCGAACUUAACCUGUUGACCCGAGUCAUUUAAUUACCUGUUUUUCUAACGUUUCUUGAAAUGAACAAAUGCGCGUUCAUAUCUUAGCCUAGCUAAUUAACAAUCAACCUCUUCAAUGUCCCUCUACUUUUCGCUCUGUUUUUCUUAGUCUCCCUUUAGUCUCUUCCUUAUUAUAACAGUUCAGUGAGCCAGUAGCACUUAACCUUUUCUCUCUUUCUGUCACUAACAGCCUUGCCAUUUUCUCUUUCUCGAUCUCUCUCUCUCUCUCUCUCUCUCUCUCUCUCUCUGUUUCCCUCUCUAACCGCUAACGCCUUCCUGCGCAUGUCAUGUUUGCGACUGAGCAGGCCGGUCGCAAAGGAGGCUUGCAGUGUUUCUGUACGCAUGAAGCAGGUGGAGGAACUGUGAGUAGGACCAGAGUGCCCCUCUAGGUGUCACCACGCAUUCCCACGAGCAACGCAGCCAUUGCCAUUCCUGCCACUCCCUCAAUCAAUACCCUUGUCAAUGUCGUAGUCCUUGUGACUGCUUCCAGUGCUCUCUCGUGCUCUCUCGCUCUACACAAAGGGGAUUCUAAAACCUCCAUCCUGUAAUUUUAGGUACGGCACUCUCCUGGAGCUGGGCGAGAAGCGCAAGGACAUGCUAGAAAAGAGCUGCAAGAAGUUCAUGCUGUUCCGAGAGGCUAACGAACUGCAGCAGUGGAUCAACGAGAAGGAGGGAGCCCUCACCAACGAGGAGGUGGGCUCCGACCUGGAGCAGGUGGAGGUGCUGCAGAAGAAGUUUGACGACUUCCAGAAGGUACGCCACACACAACAUGGCCGCCGGGAAUAGGAGAGGGCACUAGCUGACUUACUGGGCUUCAUCCUUUUAAGCUUUAGUAGUGAUGAGGGGAAAGAAUCGAUACAGUAGGGUAUCGUAAUAUUAUUUUUGACGAUAUAUCGAUUCUAUGACUCCCAAGUAUCGAUUCUCUGCUAGAUAGUUCGUUAGCUUGCGCUAGUCAGCUGUACUUGCGCCAAAACUCUGGUAUUUCUACUUCUAUAGCUUGGCCUCAAUCUUGGUGAGCCAACAUGUUUUCAGCACUUUUAUUUCCAUGACUGAUCAAAACUCAUUUUCUCAUGGCUUUUUCUUGUCCCUCUGUAGCAGUAUCGAUUCACAAUACAUAUCGUAUCGGCACCUAAGUAUUAUAAUAAUACCGUAUUGUGGGGGCCCUGGCAAUUCCUAGCCCUAGGCUUUAGUGAACCAAAAAGCAUAAAAAAACUCCUGUCCGUUGAACUCUGUUUUAAAGUGCACUCCACCUGUAAGAGACAAGUUAGUGGUUGCAGGAUAUACAUUGCAUUUGGAAAGUAUUCAGACCCCUUGACUUUCUCCACAUUUUGUUGUCGCUCUGGAUAAGAGCGUCUGCUAAAUGACUUAAAUGUAAAUGUAUUCUAAAAUUGAUUAAAACGAUUUUUCCCCUUAUCAAUCUACAAACAAUACCCCAUAAUGACAAAGCAAAAACUGUUUUUUUUAGAUAUGUUUGCAGGUGUAAAAAAAAUAUUUAAAAAAUACAUAAGUAUUCAGACCCUUUACUCAGUACUUUGUUGAAGCACCUUUGGCAGCGAUUACAGCCUCGAGUCUUCUUGGGUAUGACGCUACAAGCUUGGCACACCAUUCUUCUCUGCAGAUCCUCUCAAGCUCUGUCAGGUUGGAUGGGGAGUGUCGCUGCACAGCUAUUUUCAGGUAUCUUCAGAGAUGUUAGAUCGGGUUCAAGUCUGGGCUCUGGGUGGGCCACUCAAGGACAUUCAGAGACUUGUCCCGAAGCCACGCCUGUGUUGUCUUGGCUGUGUGCUUAGGGUCGUUGUCCUGUUGGAAGGUUACCCUUCGCCCCAGUCUGAGGUCCUGAGCACUCUGGAGCAGGUUUUCAUCAAGGAUCUCUCUGUACUUUGCUCCGUUCAUCUUUCCCUCGAUCCUGACUAGUCUCCCAGUGCCUGUCGCUGAAAAACAUCCCCACAGCAUGAUGCUGCCACCACCGUGCUUUCAUCAGACCAAAUAAUCUUGUUUCUCAUGGUCUGAGAGUCUUUAGGUGCCUUUUGGCAAGCUCCAAGUGGGCAAUCAUGUGCCUUUUUACUGAGGAGUUGCUUCCGUCUGGCCACUCUACCAUAAAGACCUGAUUGGUGGAGUACUGCAGAGAUGGUUGUCCAUCUGGAAGGUUCUCCCAUCUCCACAGAGGAGCUCUGGAGCUCUGUCAGUGACCAUCGGGGUUCUUGGUCACCUCCCUGACCAAUUUGCCAACAUUUCUAAAAACCUGUUUUUGAUUUGUCAUUAUGGGGUAUUGUGUGUAGAUUGAUUAUGAUUUGUAUUUAUUUAAUCCAUUAAUAGAAUAAGGCUGUAACGUAACAAAAUGUGGAAAAAGUCAAGGGGUCUGAAUACUUUCUGAAUGCACUGUACUACAUUUUAGACAGUAUGAGGGUAUUUUCUUCCUAGAGACAGCUAGACUGCUGAUCUGUGGGUUUUUGAUUGACUGGCACAAAUAAACUCUAAUUUGAUGCACGCGAGCUGCCACUCCAAGUACCCUCAAUAGCCCGGUUGCAGAGGCAUUUAAUAAUGUCUACAUACUAGAACACAGGGGAGUGUGAUGUGCACUGCAGGUCUUACCAUACCCAUCUCGACCAGUACCUUGGUGAAUAAAAUGUGUGUACUGACUCUUUCUUCUCCUUGCGUGUCCACCAGGACCUGAAGGCCAACGAGUCUCGUCUGAGGGACAUCAACAAGGUGGCGUCUGAGCUGGAGUCUGAGGGCCUGAUGGUCGAGGAGGCAACCAUGGUCCAAGCUCAGGUAAUGUAGCCCGCUAAUGCAGAGAUAUGUCAUAUAUUUCAUUUGUCAAAGAUGAAAGCCUAUGAAGCAAUUGUUAUUAGUAUUUGUGUGAGAUUAUUUUACAUUAUUUGAAAAAUAGCAAAGGUAUUCACUUUCCAGUGAUACCAGUGUAAAACGAUUAGCUCAACUUUACUAUUUUUUUUUCUCCAGGAACAAGUAAUGGUGGGUUCCACACCUGGCAAGGUAAAGACGACUCCUGAGUUUCAAUACAUUUUGAUUUAACAGUAUAAUGUAUCUAGAAUGUUUAUUUCUAUCAUGCAUGUAACCCACAUUUCCCUGUUUGAUCCAACAGGAUGAUGUCGAUACCAAAAAUGCUUCACCAUGGAAGGUAAGACUGUCUUGACCAAUCAACAUAGUCUCAUGGAUAUCCAAACAAAGCAUUUUGUCUCCCUAACUAUAUAGUUUUAGUCUGACCAUGUCGAUUUUGUCCAUAAAAGAUUGGACAGCAUGUAGCCUGUCAAUCUGGACUUGUCGUCAUUUGAAUCUGAGCAUGAUUAAACUGCAUUGGGGUUUUGACACUGUGGGAGUCCAAAAUAUUUGGAUGAACCUGAAUCAUGGAUUCAUGCCCACUAAUUCAGCCUUGUUCAUAGGACCUUUCAACAGUUAAUGUAAGACGUACUUGUUAACACAAACAAGAGACAAGCAAAUGAAUGGAAGACCUGGCACUUACCACUCACCAUUCGAUAUAUUCUACUCUAUACUUAGAAGUACUCUACUGUUCACUAGCUACUCUAGUGAACUUGUUUACUCUAGCUACCUGUUUAUUAGGGUUUCAUUAGGGUAAAACAUGAGUUGUAAGGUAAUUUUGACCUAUUAGAACCCUCAUUACACCUAAAACAGCUGAACACACAUCGCAGACACAUGUUGAUACACCAAUAGAUGGAUUUAGCUAGAAGACGGUAUUAUAUGUAUCUUUGUUGACGCAGCCUACACAUAAACCCCCAUGGUAACUUUUGCCCUGAGCUGUAGUCAGCGCUCUAGUUUCCGUGUCCACUGCAUGUACGGUAAUGGUGGUCCUUUGGUGGUUUGGGGCCUGCUGGUCUUCUAUCGCCAUCGAUGGUGCCGGCUGUCUCUUGGGCAACAGUGGAAGACAUGGGCAGCCUUUAGCCCCCCGCUGUGCUAACAUGGUGCCUUUCUGUUUUUGUCCCAAUCCCCCUCCCCUCCUCCCCCCCUUUUCCUGUCCUCCCUCCUUUCUGCUCUGAUUUUUUUCACCUUUGAUUGUAGAAUGUACGCUUGGCUGUUCAAACGACGGCUAACUUUAAUACUAUCAAGGUAAGAUUUCUAAAGACCACUCCCUCGAUCCCGCCCCCUCCUCCUCCCCCCUUGCAUUUAUGUCCUCCUGGCUUGUCUCAUACCUGCAUCGUGUUGGUUCUGGAGACUAACCCUUUUAUCAACGUGGUCUUGCCAUGCGUUCGUGGUCAUCCUGUGGUUCCAUUGUCUUGUCAAUCAUCGGUCUGGAGUCUGUCCGUGUCUACAGUCCUUACGUGGUAUUUUUGUUAUCGUCAUGUCGCCGAUGUCAUUGAACGGCCCUCAUUCCUGUUUUAUUUUGUCUCACCCCCCUCUCCUUUUAACCAUUGUUAUUUGAUUUCGAAAGGAAGGAAGGCUGGUACAAAAGGCAUUGAAAUAUGCCUCAACACCAUCUUUGUUACCCUAGCGUUUUGUCAUUUCUCUCUCCAUUGUUUCUCCGUCCUGUGUAUCGUCAUUGACAUUCAUUCAUCUCCCAGUCUGACUUUCCAUGUUCCUCGUUACCAACCCCUUUUAAAUCCAACAGCCUCCUUUUACGUCAGUCUGUCUGUCAAACACACGGCGCACAAGCUGAAUCAAUGAGCCCUUUACUGAUUCACAAUUUAUAUUCACAACUGAUAUCAGUUUAAGACCCUCAUUGCUCAAGAUUACCAGGAUUCGGCUCCAUUCCACUGGGCUCCUUUGUAACUCAGUCAAUUCAGAUAAGAGUUCAAAUUCAUCUAAUAAAUGAAGUAAUUUUGUUUUCAUUCAUUGAGUUGAAAUUGAAUUUAUCCCAAUCCGGAAGGAUAUGCAACCAAGAGUCUAUAUAUCUAAAUAACAUCCUGAAAAUAAGUAAUUUAUCAAUUCAAUAAACAUUCACUCAAUUUGAAUCGGCUAAAUUGGAGCACUGGGUUCCAGAAACCUCGGCAAAGGCCUCAUGGGAUUGAUUGGAUCCUGUCGAAGCUCUGUCUACCUCUGUGAUUGGGUGAUAACAGUGUCCGGGGUGUGUUUGUAGGAGCUGAACAACCGCUGGAGGUCCCUGCAGCAGCUGGCUGAGGAGAGAAGCAACAUGCUGGGGAGUGCCCAUGAGGUGCAGAGGUUCCACAGGUACACAAACACACACACACACACACAUAUAACAUAUAUAGCCGCACACAUCUACAGAAGGUAUAUGAAGUGCACACACCAUGUUCAAACUGAUGCGAAAGAAAACUGCACAUUUAAAGUCUGCACACAGACAUCUGUGUUUUAAGGUGACACGUAUUGGCCCAUGUAGGUUCCUGAUGAAGACCAUCAAGGUCAAAACUUACUGCUAUUCAAGAUCACCUCAGGAAGAAAUAAAAAGUUGGUGGACAUGAAUAUUUUAACACACUGAACACUGGCUGGUGUGAAAACGAAAAACAAAAUGGCUGCUUGUUGUCCUCAGGGAUGCAGAUGAGACCAAGGAGUGGAUCGAGGAGAAGAACCAGGCCCUGAACACAGACAACUACGGCCACGACCUGGCUAGCGUUCAGGCUCUGCAGCGCAAACAUGAGGGCUUUGAGAGAGACCUGGCCGCCCUGGGAGACAAGGUGAGCGGGAACACGCACAUGUACACACACACACACACACAUUCAGUUGCCAUUUUGAUUAUCCUUUUUCAAGACAAUACUGACCCUCCGCUGAUCUAAGGUUUGAAGACGAGGUGAGCAGAAACACACACACACACACACACACGUGCGCAUUUGUCUACUGUGUCGAUCGUCCUUCUUCAAUAAGAUACUGACCCUCAGUAAGAGCAGGACCAAACAAUGACACACACUUUUAUUUGUCUACUGUUUGAAGAAAAUAACCCUUAGCGGAUCUUUGCCUUCCUCUCCCCUGUUCCAGGUGAACUCUCUGGGGGAGACGGCAGAGCGUCUGAUCCAGUCCCACCCGGAGGCUGUGGACGACAUCCAGGAGAAGUGCACAGAGCUCAACACGGCCUGGAGCAGCCUAGUGGCGCGUGCCGACCAGCGCAAGGACAAGCUGGGCAACUCCCACGACCUGCAGCGCUUCCUGUCCGACUUCAGGGACCUGAUGUCCUGGAUCAACGGCAUCCGAAGCUUGGUCUCCUCAGAGGAACUGGCCAAAGAUGUGACCGGGGCUGAGGCCCUGCUGGAGAGACACCAGGUACUGGUAUAUGAACACACACAGAUGCACACAAAAGCACUUGUACCGUCCACCCCCUGUAUCUUGUGGACACCAGGUGAACCCGAUUCCACAUAUAGACACAAACAAGCAUCUAGUCCAUCCAAUAUACACCUGCAAUCUUACCAUCCUCUCUCCCGCUUCCCUCUUUCCAGGAGCACCGUACUGAGAUCGACGCCCGUGCAGGCACCUUCCAGGCCUUUGAGCAGUUUGGCCAGCAGCUGCUGGCACGCGGCCACUACGCCAGUCCGGAGAUCCAGCAGAAGCUGGAGGCCCUGGACCGCGAGAGGGCCGACCUGGAGAAGGCCUGGGUCCAGAGACGCAUGAUGCUGGACCAAUGCCUGGAGCUCCAGGUUGGGGAGACACGCAUACGCACGCUCGCACACACACCGGCACAUUCAAUCAUUAAUACUGUAGAAUAAACUAUGAAACACGCUUGCCUCAAUACAGGGACACAGCGCACACACAUUAAGUUCGCAAAUUGGCAAUGUUUGACCAUAAUUUAAGUGUAACUUAAUUUAAGUAAAUGAAAUGACACAGCAUAAAACCUCAGUAAAAAUAAAAUUCAAAAAUAUGCACUCUUAGAAACCCCCUUGUUGCUUACCUUCUGGGGCACGGAAGGGUGGCAGAUCAUUCCUUAAGCCUUCCAAAACCAAACACCUCAUCUCAGUGGCUUUUGGUUAUUUCAACUUAAGGACAUGUUGGUGUGUCUACAUUACUUUAGUUUCCUUUGCUCCAGACUUGACAGUGUGCCUUUGAUGAACUAGGCCUAAUCUAGUUUGUGUGCUGCCAACUCGCGGAAUACAAAUUAAAUAAUUAUACCACACACAACCUCGAGAAAACAUCAAUUACUAGCCUAGCCAGUAUACAACCUAUCCUAGUGAGUCAUCUCUCUCCUCUCCUCCCUCAGCUGUUCAACCGUGACUGUGAGCAGGCUGAGAACUGGAUGGCAGCGCGCGAGGCCUUCCUGGCCAGUGACGACAAGGGCGACUCCCUUGACAGCGUGGAGGCCCUCAUCAAAAAACACGAGGACUUUGACAAGGCCAUCAACGUGCAGGAGGAGAAGAUUGCUGCCCUGCAGUCCUUUGCUGACCAGCUGGUCGGCGCUGACCACUACGCCAAGCCUGAGAUCUUCAAACGUCGCAACGAAGUCCUGGACAGGUCACUCUAGCUUCAUCUUUAGAUGACCGUGUGUGACUUUGUAUGUGCGUAUCUGUUAGUGGCCAAUUCCAUGGUACUGGAAUAAUGUUGAGACUCUGAUUUUUCACUUUAAAAAAUAUGGUUUGUUAAACUUUGAAUCAAUGGUUUUUGUCUCAGCGUAAUUCCAUUACCAUGGAAUUGCCCUAGUGUAACUGCCUGCCCUAGUGUAACUGUGCCUGCCUGUGUUUGUCCUCCCGGUCUGUAGGUGGCGCCGUCUGAAGGCCCAGAUGAUUGAGAAGCGCUCCAAGCUGGGCGAGUCCCAGACCCUGCAGCAGUUCAGCCGUGAUGUGGACGAGAUCGAGGCCUGGAUCAGCGAGAAGCUGCAGACAGCCACCGACGAGUCCUACAAGGACCCCACCAACAUCCAGGUACAGGAUUGGCUAGGAAUAUCACAAUGACAGGCUCCAUCCAUGGAGGUUCAAGACUGAACCAUAGAGAUGGAUAGUGGGCACACUUGCCACAAAAGACAGAUAGCAAUCGGUAGCGCCGUGGAGGGCUUUCAGCAUGGGACGUACACCCUCUAACCAUCUCUAUGGGCUGCCCCUAGGCCCCUAACCACUGAUCUAGGGUCAGUUUACCCAACCCCAUAACCAUUAGUAGGAUAACAAAUAUCUGAUCAGUGGUUAGGGGCAACUUUUACUUUUUUAUUCUUGUCAGAUGAGGCACAUUGACUUGAUCAAAAGAUCAUGAUCAAUUACCGACUUGGAACACCCUAUUUCUUUCACCAGAAUUUCUGGCGACCCCACUCCAAAUCUAACGGUUUAACCUUAAUAUUGGUAAAUGUUGAUUUUUACAUCAACAAAUAACCUUCAAUUCAUUACAUUUAAUCUCUUAUUAAAAUUAAGAGAACCAAUAAAUACAUUUACUCUAACAUUUUAUUUUUCAAAUACAUUUGUAUAUUGCCAUAAUUUUUUUUGUAUGUAUUUAUAUUAAACAUUUGGCGACCCCACUGUAAUUCCUCCGCAACCUUGAAUACCACAAGGCCUACAAGGCAUUUUAUUUUUGUUUCAAAAGAUGGUAAACCGAUUUUGGGGGAGGGUGAGAGUUUGUAAAUAUAAGUUAAAUGACAUCUAACUUGUCAGUGGUUUCAAUACUGCAGUGUAAUACUGUGUAAAUGUAUUGUUGCUCCCUGUUAAUGACUACAAUGCCCCCUUACCUGUAACUACUGAACCAACCCCCAUGUGUGUCUAUAUGGGACUGAUUCUCUCCUCUGUUUUUAUUGUCUCGUUUAUAGCUGUCCAAGCUGCUGGUAAGUUGAAUAGUGUGUCCGCUAAACUAACAUCCAAAGUAGGUUUUUCUGUCACGUGUCCGUGUCUGUUGCCUUGUCUGUUGUAGAUACGUUUGUAGAAUGCCAUCCCGUCCGUCUAUUUUACGUGUUCAUCCGCACUCGCGAGUGCCCGCUUCUUUUUUGUAUGGGUUUUAUACGUGUUCAUUUUCCCCCAUCUUGUGCCAUCACUGCACAUGUUUGUAUAUGACUGUAGUUGUUUCCAUUUUAGCAAAUGUCACUUCUUGUAGUUGCUGGUUGUGGCUUCUAUAUAUAUUUUUUUUGGUUUGUUUGUCUGCGGUUAGGUCAUCUUCAAACUUGCUCCACAUAUUGUUGCUUAAAAAACAAAAAAAUCCUAUAAAUCUUGACAAAUGUAUAUAAACAUGAGAGACCGAGAUUGAUGUGCCUCGCCUUUUUUGUAAGCUAGCAGCAGUCAUGGUUGUAACCAAAAACCACGUUUUAGCCGCAAAAGCAGUAACUUCAAGGAUAGCUCCGACACCUCGCAUAAGUGUUUUGUCCGCUCUCUUCCCCUCUCAAUCCCUGGUUGUGUAAAAACAAAGUGUGGAAUGAGUUUUGAAAAGACCCCCUCUUCUGUAUUUUGUCGCGGGCUCGUUGUGGGUCCGUUUCAUCUCCAUUUUGUUUGUCACCUUGGUGUGUCUUGUCCUGUAGAAGUCAGUCCGACACAUUGUCUGUCCUCAUUUGGUGGUGUCUGAAUUUCACCUUAUCUUUGUUCAUUUUUUUUCACUACAUGUGUGGAUGUUGUCUUACAGUCAUCUCCUGGAGAUCUUGAUAGCAGAUGAGUUACUUGACAAUUAGGCUAUUCUAAGUUUAUUUUUUAUUUUUACUUUGUCAGAAUUACAUGGCCAGUAUUGAAUAGAGGAGAAUCCUAGCCAAUUUUGAGUGCUUGAGAGACUGUUUUACAACCGGAAUAUGCAGCAUUUGUUUCAUCAACUGCGUACCCGUAUCAACUGCGUGUUGGCCAUUUGCGGUUAUACACUAGUGCCGGUGUAAAGUUAUUUUAGGACAUCGAACAUGACAAUGACAUUAAUGCAUGCUAAUAGGUAAAUAGUUAACAAGCAAGAUAACCAGCCAAUUCAAAACAUAGUGUCGUUUUGGCUGGUUAUCUAGUUAGUCUGUUUUACCUGCUGCGCAAAUGACUCUCUCGCGCACUUUCUCUCUCCUCUGGCAAUGGCCCAUUUGUACACAUGCAGGUGACGUGCACACACCAUUACUUUUUCAUAAUUUUAAUUGCUGACCAAAAACGAGCUAUAACUGGGCAAAUAACUCACUAACAAUUAUUAUCAACAAAUGUGCAAAUGCGGCUCGCUUUGAUCUCAAAAACACAUCUCGCGACUGCAUGAUUGAAAGACUGCUCGUGCCUGUCAAUGAAGGCCUACAAUAAUUAUACUCUGAUGCGAUCUUCAGAGAUUGGGAGGACAGUGAACAAAACAUCGCAUCCGGAGGACACUUUAAUCCAAUUAUAUGAUCGGAGUAGCCUAAUUGUUUGAUAUUUUGAUUUUUGCGUGUUUUUUUUAAAACUUGUCCAUUCGAACAACUGAAAUCUAUAAUCUGCUUGUCCAACAUUUUAUUUUACUUGCCUCGGGCAAGCGGACAAGCGUUAAUGUCGAGCCCUGAAUAGUCAAUAGCCCCAAAUAGGGGAUAUUCACUCUCCACGUACAAACAUAAACAUAUACGUGAAAAAGGACUGCCACUUAUGAAGCAUAUUGUAAAAAGUGCUAUUCUAAUAUAUACAGUGCCUUUGGAAAGUAUUCAGACCCCUUGAUCUUUUUCCAGAUUUUGUUACGUUACAGCCUUACUGUAAAAUGGAUUUAAAAAAUAUAUAAUCCUCAGCAAUCUACACACAAUACCCCAUAGUGACAAAGCGAAAACAGGUUUUUAGAAUUUUUUGCAAAUGUAUUACAAAUACAAAACAGAUACCUUCUUUACAUAUGUCUUCAGACCCUUUGCUAUGAGACUCGAAAUUGAGUUCAGGUGCAUCCUGUUUCCAUUGAUCAUCCUUGAUGUUUCUGCAACUUGAUUGGAGUCCACCUGUGGUAAAUUCAAUUGAUUGGACAUGAUUUGGAAAGGCACACACCUGCCUAUAUAAGUCCCACAGUUGACAGUGCAUGUCAGAGCAAAAACCAAGCCAUGAGGUCGAAGGAAUUGUCCGUAGAGCUCCGAGACAGGAUUGUGUCGAGACACAGAUCUGGGGAAGGGUAAAAACAAAAUUCUGCAGCAUUGAAGGUCCCCAAGAACACAGUGGCGUCAUAAUUCUUAAAUUGAAGAAGUUUGGAACCACCAAGACUCUUCCUAGAGCUGGCCGCCCGGCCAAACUGAGCAAUCGGGGGAGAAAGGCCUUGGUCAAGGAGGUGACCAACAACCCGAUGGUCACUCUGACAGAGCUCCAGAGUUCCUCUGUGGAGAUGGGAGAACCUUCCAGAAGGACAAUCAUCCCUGCAGCACUCCACCAAUCAGGCCUUUAUGGUAGAGUGGCCAGACGGAAGCCACUCCUCAGUAAAAGGCACAUGACAGCCCGCUUGGAGUUUGCCAAAAGGCACCUAAAGACUCUCAGACCAUGAGAAACAAGAUUCUCUGGUCUGAUGAAACCAAGAUUGAACUUUUUGGCCUGAAUGCCAAGUGUAACGUCUUUGGGAAACCUGGCACCAUCCCUAUGGUGAAACAUGGUGGUGGCAGCAUCAUGCUGUGGGGAUGUUUUUCAGCGGCAGGGCCUGGGAGACUAGUCCGGAUCGAGGCAAAGAUGAACAGAGCAAAGUACAGAGAGUACCUUGAUGAAAACCUGCUACAGAGUGCUCAGGACCUCAGACUGGGGCAAAGGUUCACCUUCCAACAGGACAACAACAGCCAAGACACCGCAGGAGUGGCUUCGGGACAAAUCUCUGAAUGUCCUUGAGUGGCCCAGCCAGAGCCCGGACUUGAACUGAUCGAACAUCUCUGGAGAGACCUGAAAAUAGGUGUGCAGCAACGCUCCCCAUCCAACCUGACAGAGCUUGAGAGGAUCUGCAGAGAAGAAUGGGAGAAACUCCCCAAAUACAGAUGUACCAAGGUUGUGGCAUCAUACCCAAGAAGACUCAAGGCUGUAAUCGCUGCAAAAGGCGCUUCAACAAAGUACUGAGUGAAGGGUCUGAAUACUUUUUAUAUACAUUUGCGGAAAUUUCUAAAAACCUGUUUUUGCUUUGUCAUUAUGGGGUGUUGUGUGUAGAUUGAUGACAGGGGAAAAAACUAUGUAAUCAAUUUUAGAAUAAGGCUGUAACAUAACAAAAUGUGGAAGAAGUCAAGAGGUCUGAAUACUUUCCGAAUGCACUGCCUCUUUAUUUGAAUGCACUUAUUCUAUAGAAGAGCAUCUGCUAAAUGACUAAAUUGCCUUUUCAAUUGUACAUCAACCCUUACCAACACAUAAUUUCUAAGUAGCCUACCGGAGGGUGUUUUCACACAAUCUAAGGGAGAUGUCACCCAUCCAGCACCAACCCACUGGCUCUCAAUAACUCCAUGGUUCUCACUCUCUCUCUUCCUUCCUUCUCUUGCCUGCUCUCACAGAGUAAGCACCAGAAGCACCAGGCCUUCGAGGCGGAGCUGCAUGCCAACGCAGACCGCAUCCGCGGGGUCAUCGACACGGGCAACGCCCUCAUCCAGAGAGGGGCCUGCGCCGGCAGUGAGGACGCAGUUCAGGUACACACACGGUCUUUAAACAUCAUACUUGUAGCUAUACACACACCUUAUAAUUGUAAGUAUAAAAACGUUCUUUACAUACACCUACAAAAGCCACUUCAAGGACGAAAGCCUUUGAGGAAAAACAUGGUGAUCAUAUUGCAGACAAAUGUUAAAUACGUUCUCAUCCUAUGCCACUCAAGCAACGUGAACUAGUUCUUGCCUUGUUCAACAUCUACUGUUUUUGUCACUAGUCCACAACUGGGUAUCUAACCUGUGCAUGUGUUUCUUUAGUCACGUCUCGGUGCUCUGGAUGAGCAGUGGCAGUUCCUGGUGAACAAGUCAGCAGAGAAGAGCCAGAAGCUCAAGGAAGCCAACAAGCAGCAGAACUUCAACACUGGCAUCAAGGACUUUGACUUCUGGCUAUCUGAGGUAAAAACAAAUGACAAUUUUUUUUAGACUUCUUUCGUGAAAUCCACCACAUUCCUCCACCAUCCACCACACAAUUCUCAGAAGUCAAAGAUGCUGAUAUUUGGUCUGUGAUGAGAAAUCGUAUACUCAGUACUGAAAACCCUGAUGUUUAAUAGGAUUCAUCUGAGACCUGCACAGAUAGUCAGUAAGAUUAGAAAAGGAGAGGUUUGGUUUACUGAACAGACACCCAAAAAUACAUCACAUCUGAGUUUGUUUCCAGCCAUUUAGUCAAUGUUAGACGGAUUUUAAAUGGGCUUAAAAUAAAGUUGGAUUUGACACGUUAACCCAUUCACCUACCUGUGCUAUAGUAAAGAUAAAAAUAUAUAAAAUAAAAGAUGCUGAGAUUUAAUUUGGGAAAAAUGCUCUCUGAAAACAAAGACGAUGAGUAACUACCGUUCACUAAAUUACUUUUGUUUCCUCUUGUUUUUCUCUGCAGGUCGAGGCCCUUCUUGCCUCUGAGGAUUAUGGCAAAGACCUGGCCUCAGUCAAUAACCUGCUGAAGAAACACCAGCUUCUGGAAGCCGACAUCUCUGCUCAUGAGGUAAUGUAUCCAACGUUCACAUAUCUCGCUGUUAAACUACAGCCACCACCAUCAUGGGACUGAGCUUCUUCAGUUGGACCAAGGGAAGGCCUUGCCUGAAAAUGGCUGAAUGAUCAAGUCUGGCCUCAGCUGGGGUCCUUGAUGUACUUAAUGUGAGAAAUGCUAUAUUUGAAAUCCGUUAUCUUUACACUUCCAUGUUAUAUGCUGACUGGCUGAAAGGUGACACUGCCUCAGUUUGGUUCGACAUUGAAACCUCUCUGUCCAAGUGUCGCCUAUUGAACUUAUCAUUCUUACAUAACAUCUGUCUUUGAAUGUUUUUUGUACAAAUCACUGAAGGUAUCCACCAGUACAGGCUAGUGCUUUGCGUUGAACGUCUUUCUGUCUGUCUACAGGACCGCCUGAAGGACCUGAACGGCCAGGCCGACAGCCUGACGGCCAGCACGGCCUUCGACCCCACCCAGGUCAAGGACAAGCGCGACGCUGUCAACGGACGCUUCGCCAAGAUCAAGAGCAUGGCCGCCGGCCGCCGCGCAAAGCUCAACGAGUCACACCGCCUGCACCAGUUCUUCAGGGACCUGGACGACGAGGAGUCUUGGAUCAAGUAAGAGCUCCCCCUGGAGUUGUGGAGGAAUGGAUGCAAGACAAAGUCUUGGAGUGUUUUUGGUGUUGAGACAUUGAGGUCAAUUACUAACACACUCGCCCGCUUCUUUUUUCUUUCUCUCUUCGUCUCUUUUGUUCUCCAUCCAGAGAAAAGAAAUUGCUAGUGAGUUCGGAAGACUAUGGACGUGAUUUGACAGGAGUGCAGAAUCUGAGGAAGAAACACAAGAGGCUGGAAGCUGAGUUGGGGGCCCACGAGCCAGCCAUCCAGUCUGUGCAGGACACUGGGAAGAAGCUGUCCGACGACAACACCAUCGGCCAGGAGGAGAUUGAGCAGAGGCUGGGCCAGUUUGAGGAGCACUGGACCGAGCUGAAGGACCUGGCUGCAGCCAGGUGAGACUGGACACACAGACACACUGGUUCAUUGUGAUACACAUACACUAACACACACACACAUUCUGACUAACGCGCACACACAUUCUGACACACACACUCUGAUACUACCACAAUACUGGUAUCGUCUCGGCCCGAUCUGAUACACACAAACACAAAUGAACAUGCACACCACACACAGGUGAAACACCAUUAUCUUAGGCAUUCAUUGAUAAUGUAAAACAUUUUUUGUGUAUGUCUGAUCAGAGGUCAGAGGCUGGAGGAGUCGCUGGAAUACCAGCAGUUUGUUGCGAAUGUUGAAGAGGAGGAAGCCUGGAUGAAUGAGAAGCUGAACCUGGUGGGAAGCGAAGACUACGGGGAUACCCUGGCCGCCGUGCAGGGCCUGUUAAAGAAGCAUGAGGCGUUUGAGACUGACUUCACCGUGCACAGGGACAGAGUGAAUGAUGUGUGUUCCAACGGAGACGAGCUCAUCAAGAAGGUACGUCUCAGCCAAACACUGACCAUACAAAUGAUAUGAUAAUGAUAUGUUAUGACUAAGAGACCAGGUACCAACUGAAAUGUUUUUUUUUUUUUUUUUUUUACAAUUUACAUUUUCACUUGACUUGCCAGUUGUCGAUUCACCCAGACUGAUUUUAAAUGCAUAUUGUGUUCGUGUCCCUGUCCCUCAAUUAGAACAACCACCACGUGGACAGCAUCUCAGCCAAGAUGACGUCCCUGCGGGGCAAGGUGUCUGAGCUGGAGAGGGCUGCUGCCAUGAGGAAAGCCAAGCUGGACGAGAACUCUGCCUUCCUGCAGUUCAACUGGAAGGCCGACGUGGUGGAGUCCUGGAUUGGUACGCGAGAGGGGGUUCUCAAUAAUACUGUUACUGUUGUGUUCAGUCUUUAAGCUCAUCAGUUUUUUUUUUUUAGGGUGAACUAACUCGGAAGUAAAAUGUUCAGAUUUUUCAUGAGUUUUCACAAAAUAUGAAAGUGUUGAUUACUAUUUGAGUGCAUUACUCAAUCUGUAUGGUCUGGUUGUUUGUGCAGGUGAGAAGGAGAAUAGCCUGAAGACUGAUGACUACGGACGAGAUCUCUCCUCUGUGCAGACGUUGCUCACUAAGCAGGUAUGGUGUAGCAAUGUGUAUCUCCCAAAUGAGUGAUGCCACGGCCACCAUUUUGUUCCAGAAGCAUCAGCUAGACACAUUCUCCCAUGCCUCAUGUUCCUUCUUCCCUCCUCGGGUCUACAGGAGACGUUUGACGCUGGUCUGCAGGCCUUCCAGCAGGAGGGCAUCACCAACAUCACGGCCCUCAAGGACCAGCUGCUGGCAGCCAAGCACGUCCAGUCCAAGGCCAUCGAAGCCCGCCACGCCGCACUCAUGAAGCGCUGGAACCAGCUGCUCGACAACUCACAGGCACGCAAGAAGAAGCUGCUGGAGGCCCAGGAGCACUUCAGGAAGGUAGGAUAUCUUAAUGACUACAAUUCAUAGAUCAUUAUCAUUGGUGUUCAUAUUAUGGUCGGUCAAACCUCACUGAAUCGAGCCCCCCCUCCCAGGUGGAAGACCUCUUCCUGACCUUUGCCAAGAAGGCAUCGGCCUUCAAUAGCUGGUUUGAGAACGCAGAGGAGGACCUGACGGACCCUGUGCGCUGCAACUCGCUGGAGGAGAUCCGGGCACUGCGCGAUGCCCACGAGGCCUUCCGUUCGUCGCUGAGCUCGGCACAGGCCGACUUCAACCAGCUGGCCGAGCUUGACCGGCAGAUCAAGAGUUACCAGGUGGUGUCCAACCCCUACACCUGGUUCACCAUGGAGGCCCUGGAGGAGACCUGGAGAAACCUGCAGAAGAUCAUCAAGGUGAUGAGGGAGAGGGAGAGGGAAGAGGGGUGGGAGGUAGUCUGGUCCCAGAUCUGUUUGUUCUGUAUCGUCAACAGGGUGGGAAAUGAACACCUGCCAAAUGUGGGUAGAUUUUCACCAGCCACGUUGGCGGGUGAUCACGCAGAGCAUUUGGGAAACAUUUUAAUCCAAAGCCCAAAUGCAGAAGUGUGACUUUGUCCUUGUGUUUCUUGGCUAGUUACAUCGUUUUGUUCACAUGCUUUGAGUUUGCAACUGUCAGCUGCUAGCGAAGAGAUUGAGAUUCUCAUCUCUGACAGAAAGACAGUGCCUCGUUGCCACGUUUUUUUUUUGUACUCAUAUUUGGGGCUACAUUGUGCUUGAUUGAGCAUGGAACACUUUUUCAUUAUUAAAACACUGAUAUAUAAUUUUAUUGUGCUCCUAAAUGUAUUUGUGUGGUCCUAAAUUUCAAUUUAUGUACUCCUUGUAAAAAAUGUCAGCGUAGAGCCCUGAAUUAUUAUAAUAAUAAAUCAACUGUAUCGCUCAGCAUUUUGUGGCAGGGCAGGCACUUUGUUGAUUCUUGAUAUCUGAGUGUCUGUUAGAUUUUUCCAUGUACCUGCCACAGUGGCUGGUGAACCAAAAAGUAUAUUUCUCACCCUGAUCUUCAACCAAUUGGCACGACAACAACCAUAUGAGUUGGCUAUACAACACAGAUCUGAGGAUCAGGCUUAGUGUUGAGGACAGGCAAACCUCGUGUCAAAUUCCAAAUGUAUACUGUAGUGCUCUACUUUUGACCAGAACCCACAAGGGGCUUCUGUGAAGGGCUCAGUGGAUUUUGGGGGAGUGAAUCUGCAUUUUGUCUGGGAAGCACUUCAUCAAUCCAUCUAUAUAGGAACGAGAGCUGGAGUUGCAGAAGGAGCAGAGGAGGCAGGAGGAGAACGACAAGCUGCGGCAGGAGUUUGCGCAGCAUGCCAACGCAUUCCACCAGUGGCUGCAGGAGACCAGGUAGGGUCUGGAUCUGUUGUGCUAGGAAGGCAGUGCACUCCUUAUUUGAUAUAUUGGAAUAUUCUAGGAAUGGGAUGGGGAGACUGUUAAUAUCAUUCUAUUUUUAAAUCCAAAUGUCCAUGCAUCACCUUACCCAAUAAGAAAUCAAUGGAGCUACCUGGACUUUAAAUGUGCCUGCUGCUCAGAAAUGUAUGUCCUGUCUAUCUCUGCCACCUUGUUGUUCUCUGGCCAUAGAGAACAGGGUGCUAUUCAUCGGAGCGACGAGUGAACAGUUGCAGAUAGAUGUGUUGUAUGAAACCUACAUGAUGCUCUAUUGUACACAACACACUUCUGUCUGCAAUGCUCUGAAUGUCUCUCCUCACUGAAUAGGCCCCAGGCAAAGCAUGAUUUGUGUAUUGUGGGUUGUAGGUGGAUGGGGAGAACUGUUACAACUUCUACACAACCACACAAGUGGUCUGUAAAUGUUUCAAACUGAAAAUGGAUCAUACUGCGGAUGUACCUGUGCUCAGACUGUAUUUCUGUGUGUAUGUUUGUUAGAGAGCGAUCACGCAAUGGCCAAUGUGCCCCUGCCUAAUGUUUCUAACCAUUGUCUCUUUCUCUCCCCCCCCCCCACACCCCUUUCCCGCUCCUUCCGUCUCUCUUGCUGCUACCUCGCUGAUGCUUGGGAAUCACUUUGCUGAUCAGGACAUAUCUUCUGGAUGGGUUAAUAUCAUAUUUUACUGUCUCUGUGUGUGUUUGUUUGUGUGUGUCUGACUGUGCGAGUGGGAUCAAAUCAAUAUAAUGAGACGAUGAUGAAAUCAAGGUCUGUGAUCUGAAAGAUGGGUAGAUUGGAGUGAUGGCGCUUGCCACCAUUUAGGUUUGCUGUUGAGCCACUGCAGGUUUGGUGUCAAGUCAGUGGCAAAAUGUUGCAUCAUACAUGUUGUUUACAUAGAACCACCAGGUAACUGUUACCACGUGAAGAAAUUGAAGGUAAAACUGGACCAGGUUUCACUUAUAUUCUAGGGAAUCCAUAUUUUAUUGUGUAAUAUUACUGUAACGCCUUUUCUUUUCCUUUUUUUUGUAAAACAUUUUCAUCUUUGUAUAAUUUUCUUUUCUAUUAUUAUUUGCUCUCUUUUCCUCCUUCCUUCUCUAAAUAGCAUAGCUUAUCGACGGGUUGUCCGUGUCUUUCAGUAUGAAGUCAGCGAUGAUCUUUCCGGAAGGUCUUUUCCCUUUUCUCCUGGUUUUCCAAACCAUCUCCCUCACUCCCUUUUUCCUUUUCCCAUCGUUACUUUCAUCAUGCCCUCUUGGUUGCGUGUCUUCAUGCACUUUUAAAACCCACCAUUUGGGCUCGGUGUGCUCAGUUUCAUCUCUACUAACUUCACCGCAAUGUAGCUCCCUGGAAACUAAGAUCAACCUCAUGAUUGGUCUGCAUACUCUUUUCAAGUCUGGCUACAUUGAGCAGCGUUUUAAAGGAGUGACUUUCACCAUCUUUUGGGGAUUUUUUAUUUCACCAAAUUCAGGGGUGGAAAUUGCAAAACAUGUUGUUGGACACUGUACUUGAAACAUUGUAAUUUCUUUCUGAGCUGAAUUUGUUACACUUCAUUCACAACAGAUUCAAGGUAAAAUGUAGUUUCCAGCCCUGUGCACUGUAGCCCUAACCUCCCAUGGUAGAUUACCACGGCUAUCAGUUGGCUUCUUUGGCAUGGAUUGAUUGGCUUUGUGCAAAGGCCAGUGUAUUUUGGGAUUUCUUGUAGUUUUUCUUCGUAGUUUUCUAAUUUGUAUAACUUAACACCAUUUGAGGUAAGUCCAGUGACAUUUCUAGGGAAAUGGAUGGCCUUGAACAUUUUGAGAUGUUUGAAACGGUUGUUGUUUUUACUACUGUUUUGUACUUCUGUUUCCUUACCUUUUUAAUUUACCAAAUGUUCCCAGCCGUAUGUUCUAUGAAAUUUGUUGUGAGGUUUCAUACAAAUAUUUACUUUGCUUCUUUACAAAAAUCAUUGGUUAUUUGUUUCAAUUAGUAAAUUACCAGAUUUGUUUGGAAUCUCUUGACGCACAACUGGUAUAGUCAAAUGUAUGAAUUUGAUAUUAUUAUCAAAAUGAGAAUGUAUCAUAGAGUAGCAAUGAAGUUGGAUCGGUGGUUAAGAAUCCAAGGGUUCCUACUACCAGAUUGGUGUGUGUGUGUGUGUGUGAGGACUCUGUGUGUAUUUGUCUGCAACUGCGCGUGUAUGACUGACUGUAUCACCUGAUCUUGAUGGCUAUGGCAUGUUGUCUAUCCCAAUAUUUGAUCAGCCUAGAAUUCUCCUGUCCCCUGACACUUGUGUGUAUACAUCUAGGUCCUGCAUGGUAGAAGAGUCCGGAACCUUGGAAUCACAGCUUGAGGCAACCAAGGUAAGAAAGAAACCCUUGUCAUUUAUGCUAUAGACAACCAUUUUGGCUAUUUCAUUGCAUAGCCUCACCUGUGUGUCACUCGCUCUCUGUAGCGUAAGCACCAGGAGAUCCGGGCCAUGCGCAGCCAGCUGAAGAAGAUCGAGGACUUGGGAGCGGCCAUGGAGGAAGCCCUGAUCCUGGACAACAAGUACACAGAACACAGCACGGUGGGCCUGGCCCAACAGUGGGACCAGCUAGACCAACUGGGCAUGAGGAUGCAGCACAACCUGGAGCAGCAGAUCCAGGCCAGGUCAGAGAGAGGGAGACACGCACGCACACACACACAUACUGUAUAAACACAACAAAACAUCCUUACACACUAUAAACUCCCAUGUUCAAGCAGUAAACAUAUUUUGGCCAAAGCGUUCCUUCAUUCCUAAUCUUGUCGUAUCUGUCCACUGCAGGAACACCACUGGAGUGACAGAGGAUGCCCUGAAGGAGUUCAGCAUGAUGUUCAAGUGAGUGGUGGCCAUUUUCACUGUACCUUCUGGUCAUACCAAGUAGCUUGGGUGAAGGAACCAGGACAGUGUAGGGGAAAAAGGUGCUUGCAAGGCUGAAAUGCAAAGGAGCUCUCCCUUUGUCCUUAUUUAGGUGAAGGAACUUAAUAACCUCAACCAUUUUCUCUUUCCCUUUGCUCCCCAGGCACUUUGACAAAGAGAAGUCUGGCCGUUUAAACCAUCAGGAAUUCAAGUCGUGUCUGCGCUCGCUGGGUUACGACCUGCCCAUGGUGGAGGAGGGAGAACCAGACCCCGAGUUUGAGUCCAUCCUCGACACGGUCGAUCCCAACAGGUCAGCAACCCCAGCUCUAUUCAGAUUGUCAACUUUACUUGGGGAUUUUCAUCAGGCCAAGCACUUGUUGGAAUGCUAUUUGAAAAACGAUUAAACCUUCCCAAGAAUGUUACUUUAUUAUUACUCAGAAUGGGUGUGUUAGUGGUUUGCCUCAUAUUUUGAUGUUUAUAUUUCUUUGGGUUAUGGCUAACUGGUUUUGUGUGUGUUCCAGGGAUGGCAACGUGUCCUUGCAGGAGUACAUGGCCUUCAUGAUCAGCCGCGAGACAGAGAACGUAAAGUCCAGCGAGGAGAUUGAGAGCGCCUUCCGAGCCCUCAGCGUCGAUGCCAAGCCCUAUGUCACCAAGGAAGAACUCUACCAGGUACUUAUACGCCGACCUUCCUUACACCACAUUCUGGCUCCAGGCUGUUUCUCAGUCACAGUGGUUAUGGAAAAGAGGCUAUUGAAUAGGACCAGAAUUUCAAUUAUGAAUAUGAGCUGCAGCCAUAAAAGUUGUGCAUUUAUAAAUGGCUCUUAAAUAAAUAACUUAUCAAAACUUAAAAGUGCAUAAAACCUCUGAGAGAAGAAAUACCUGCCCAUCUCCUAACUUACCAUCUCUUCUCCCCUUCUUUCAGAACCUGAGCAAGGAACAGGCAGACUACUGCAUCUCGCACAUGAAGCCCUACCUAGACAGCAAGGGCCGGGAAAUGACCUCGGCCUUCGACUUUGUUGAAUUCACCCGCUCGCUUUUCGUCAACUGAUCCCUUGCCUGCCAGUGACCAAUCGGGAUGCGUUUGCCCCACACACACAAAUACACGUCUGAAACUGCAUGAAUCUGACACUAGAAUACUCCAUAGUUAUCUAGCUAGCUGUAUCUCUCACUCGUUGUGCUUCACUGCCUAGUGAAUAUGUCGGCAUUUGAAUGUUUUAGCUGUUUUCGUGCUUUCGCUGGAUUUAAUAACCUAUAGAGACGGUAUGCUGUAACAUCACAAUAAGGACUGCUGUGUGCUUAAUAAACGCUACUGGUUAGAACUGGAAACA